AUGACUCUUUCCUACCCAACUUUAAAAAAUGCUGAAGCUACCAUAGCUCUUUUGGAUAUGAAAAAAAUAUUUCCAUUAAAAAAACCUGAGCCUCAACAACUAAUAUCUUCUCCAAACAUAACAGAAAAUGGAGAAACAAAACCAAGAAGGCCUAUAAAUGCUUUUUUUAUAUUUCGACAAAACGUUAUACCUGAGGCCAGAAGAGUUGGUGUAACAAAUAUGCAGCUUAUUAGCAAAGUUGCAAGUAUGCUUUGGAAAAGAGCUCCAGAAAGUGACAAGCAAAAAUACAAAAAACUUGCAGCAGAAGUCUCUGUCUUACAUCGGCAAAAAUAUCCAAGCUUCCGUUACAAUCAAAUUCGUUCAAAAUUCGUCUUCAAACGACAAGGGUUCUCUCGACAAUCAAAUAAUAAUGAUAUGCCGUCUUCUCAUCUUUCUUUCCCUGAAUAUAACGAGAAUGCAUUUUCAAAUAUUUAUUACGCUCCCAUUUCAAUUAAUCAAUUCUGUUACAGUAAUUUUACAAGUCAGUAUUCAGAAAUUAUGAACGGAAAUCUCAAUUUGUACUUGAGCGACACAACUUUCUUAGGAAUCAAUUUUAACAACAUAGAAUUAGAUAUGUACCCAUCAUUUUUUAAUAGCAUUCAAAAUGGACAGAUCUAA